GUCGUUACAAAAAUAUACUACGCAAAAUGAUAUUAAGAUUUUCCUGAAUUUUUGUGAAUCUUGUCAACAAAAACGCAAAGCGGUCAGAAAAGGUGGUGUUGUUAAGCCCAUGAUUUUUUCACAUAUGAAUUCAAGAUGUCAGGUUGACCUCAUAGAUUUUCCAUCAGAACCUGAUGGAAACUAUAAAUUUAUUUUAUUUUAUCAAGAUCACCUUACAAAGUUUGUGGUUUUAAGACCUCUUCAAACAAAGAGAGCAAAAGAAGUUGCAGGACAGUUGCUAGAUAUAUUCCUGUUGUUUGGAGCCCCAUGUAUAUUGCAGUCGGACAAUGGAAGAGAAUUUUGUAACAAUCUUAUUGAUGACUUAAAAGUAACUUGGCCAGAGCUUAAGAUCGUGCAUGGUAAACCAAGACAUAACCAAAGCCAAGGCAGUGUUGAGACAGCCAAUCAGGACAUAGAAAAUAUAUUGACGACUUGGAUGCAAGACAACCAGUCAACUUCGUGGAGUAACGGGUUAAAAUUUAUCCAGUUUAUGAAGAACAGAGCGUUCCAUUCUGGUAUUAAAAGGUCCCCCUACAAGGCUAUGUUUGGUUGCGCAGCUAGAGUUGGACUGUCAACAACUGCCAUUCCGAAGGAAGCACUUAAUUCGUUGGCCGACGAAGAUAAAUUACAAAAUACUUUGACUGCAAUGAAUGUUUCUUCUCAACCUGAUAAUGAAAAAGUAGUUGAACAAACAGUAUUAAAUAAUCCCAUUACGAAAGUAUGUGUUGUAUGUUUAAAAGAAUGCAGUGAAGAUAUAGUUUGCUUCAAAUGUAUGGAGCCUGUCCAUAUAUCAUGUUCGGAAGAUUAUGUUUCAGAAGAUGAAGUUGAGCAGAAAAUCUGCAAAUUGUGUUUUAAUGAACUUAAUGUUCAAAGAGAAAGAGAAAAGUCUAAAAAAUGUUUAGAAAUUCAAACGAAAAAGAUUAAAUUAAUGUCGGCUAAAUCUCAUUGUGAAGCAUCUGUGUGGUUUACCGUCCGUAUCCCAGUGCCUGAAGUUGACAGAGGAAAAGGUGAUGCUAAAACUAUUUUAGCUAUCAUCAUAAAAGUAACCUAAGAAGGAUUUUUCCAAUUGGGCACAAGAAACGGCCGCAUAAAACAAUUAUGUUCCCGAUCCCAGUUCAGUGUUUGCGAACAAAAAUGAAUUAAAAUCAAAGAAUCGGUUGCUACAGCUCAAAGUUUAGGUACUGGUCAGGGAUUUAAAAAAUGUUUGUGUAAAACCCAGUGUGUCAACAAAAAUUUUUUUUUGUUUUAGAAAUAAUGUUCUUUGUAAUUCCAAGUGUCGUUUUAGUAAUCCUUGCUGUAACAAAUGAUUUUAUGGUACGUUUUUGUAAAUACCAUUUAUACACUGCAUGAAUUAGAUAAAUUGUUUAUUUUACA